GAAAUCCCCCCCCUCCCCCCGGAUCUCCGGCUUCCGGGAACCGGCUGGAAGGCCACUAGUGCUGAGCAUCCCAGGCCCCAACCCUCCCUGGACAGCUGGACCCUCUCCCUGCGAGAUGAGGAAGCUGAGGCCUCGAGGAGCGCAUACACAGCAGAGAAGCAACAGAAUCGGGACUCAAACCCAGACCUCUGGAAAUUCUCUUCCUCACCCCUGGGAACAGAGCCUCUGGCUGAAUGGCAGCUGCAGAUGACUUGCAGUUUGAAGAAUUUGGCGAUGGAACCACUUUGCUAGCCGCAAACCCAGAUGCUACCACGAUAAGCAUUGAGGAUCCCGACGAGACUUCCAAACACCCAGCCAGACCCCGAGGAAGCUCGGGGAGAGAAGAGGAUGAUGAGCUGCUGGGGAACAAUGACUCUGACGAGACCGAGUUACUGGCCGGCCAGAAGAAAAGCUCUCCCUUCUGGACGUUUGAAUACUAUCAGACAUUCUUUGAUGUGGACACUUACCAGGUCUUUGACAGAAUAAAAGGGUCUCUGCUGCCGGUUCCUGGGAAGAAUUUUGUGAGGCUCUAUGUCCGCAGCAACCCAGAUCUCUACGGCCCCUUUUGGAUAUGCGCCACCUUGGUCUUUGCCAUAGCAAUUAGUGGGAACCUUUCCAACUUCUUAAUCCAUCUGGGAGAGAAGACAUACCAUUACGUGCCCGAAUUCCAAAAAGUGUCCAUAGCGGCCACCAUCAUCUAUGCCUAUGCCUGGCUCGUGCCUCUGGCUCUCUGGGGCUUCCUCAUGUGGAGAAACAGCAAAGUGAUGAACAUCGUUUCCUACUCGUUUCUGGAGAUCGUGUGCGUCUACGGCUACUCGCUCUUCAUUUAUAUCCCCACAGCAGUGCUGUGGAUCAUUCCCCAGAGAGUUGUUCGUUGGGUCCUAGUCAUGAUUGCCUUGGGCAUCUCGGGCUCUGUGCUGGCAAUGACAUUUUGGCCAGCUGUUCGUGAGGAUAACCGGCGCGUCGCCUUGGCCACCAUUAUAACGAUCGUGUUGCUUCACGUGCUGCUGUCCGUGGGCUGCUUGGCUUACUUCUUUGACGCCCCAGAGAUGGAUCACCUCCCAACGACUACAGCCACUCCCAACCAGACAAUCGUGGCCGCCAAAUCCAGCUAACAGGGAACGCAGUUUUCAUCGUCUCGUGUGGUACGUUACAAACGGGCAGGAGCAUCAGCUCUGCGUUAGCAUGAAGGACAGGAGGCUAGACCCUGUGUCUUUCUGCACACCUUCGUGUGGGUAUGUUUCUGUUGUUGAAGAUUGCGUUUUGAAGUCCACGUCCUGUCUUCCUGCAGAGCUGGGAAGCGUGGGCUCUUAGAUCCCGGGCAAUGG